AUGUCCCGCUGGGAAGGCAAUGUUUGGAACUACGGGAUGCAGCAGGGGUUUGGCGGGUUCGCAGCUGGUGGUGGCGGGGCAGUAGCUGUUGCUGCGGCCGCAGCGGCUGCUGGCCCAACUGCCACUGCUACGGGCCCAAAUGGAGAAGCCUACAUGUUGGCACAACUGCCUCCUGGUCUGGCUGUGCAAAACCAUCUGCAGAACGGUGUCGUAUUGCUCAAGGCGAGUUCUUUCCCCUACGAGGCGGAAGAUCAGAAAAGUUUAGCCCAGGGAACUUAUCAACACCAUCCACACUCUGUGGCGAAUGCAGCAACACAGGUGCAGACGAUAGUGACCUCGCAUAACGGUGUUCACCCGCACCAGCAUCAACAACAAGCUGGGUUGGUAUACCACAGCUUCCAGCCGAUUGUUGCUCAUCAACCAUGGCCUCAGGCGAUUCAGCAGCAGAACGCGGCACCGCAAACGGCCGUGCAGAUGACCAAGAAAGAUGAAGUCGAGGCAGAUGUGAAACCCGCUGUUGUUAAGAAACCACGAGCGAGAAAGAAGAAGGCUUCUGCGAACGCCAACAACGAGAACGUGCAGAAAACCUCCGGGACACAAACGAGCGCAGCAUCGACCCCAGGGGACGGAACGAAGCCCUUUUUCCCGGGACGUCGUCUGCCGUCUUUGGCCACUAUAGCGAAAGAGUGCGAGAAUGGGAAGACCAAGACGCAUUUUUGCGACCACUGUCAUCGCGGGUUCAGUUCGGCAUAUCAUUUGUCUCGUCACUGGCGGAUCCACGAUGGGGAUUACCCGGCCACGUGUUCCGAGUGCGGCAAGACGUUCAGAGACGCGAGUUCUCUGAAACGACACAAUUUCGUGCACACGAGGGACUCGCCGCAUGAGUGCCCAGUGUGUCAGAAGCGUUUUGGGGAGAUUGCGAGUGUGGCCAAAAUUCUUGAAAAAUUUGCCACUUCGAGUGUUCGAAGUUUCUUUUCAUCAGAAUUCUUCUCUAUUUUUGGUCACCAGAUAGAAAUCACAUUGGCACGCCAUGUUCGGAUUCAUUCCGGAGAGUACGCGCACAAGUGUGACACUUGCGACAAAGGGUUCCAUGAUACCUACGCUCUGAGUCGUCACCAACGGUCUCAUACUGGUGACCGACCAUAUCGUUGUCAUCUCUGUUCCAAGGGUUUCGUCACCGGCUCCUACCUCAAGAAGCAUCUUCGCACUCACGGCGGCUUGUUUCUGUGCAAAAAAAUGUUGAGAAUCCCUAAUUUAUCGUCCACUUCUUUCCGGGAUGUGCGACACUCACCAUCCUUGCUACUGAAUAUCUUGGCUCCUUUUUUGCGCCCACUCUGGCGCUGCAACAACAUAUCCCCGUCAGACUCGGGAACAAGACCAUCACCAUGGUCCCAAGCUGGUUGUGCUGCUUCUGUGCUGCCAGGCACUGAUGAGUAUUUACUGUCAACAGUCAGUCCCGAAACACCCAUCCCGACCCCUCCGAGAACAUUGGCAACUUUCGAGAGGAGAGAGCGUUCUUUUGGACGUGGCAGGGUUUCGUUUACCAGCAUGAAAGUGGUGCCCGAUCCGCAACCAAUUGAAACAGCUGCUUCUUUCAGAGAUUGUGGAAUAAUGGUGGGAGAUAAGAUGUUCGAGGAUUCCCGCAAGCCGCAAGUCCCAUGCUCGUUCCAGCCCCAGACUGCAACUGCUCCCGUGCUGGAAUCCUUGUUUACCCAAAAGCGAAACACAGUGCUCGGCUCCAACUGCAACUGCCACAGCCAAACCAGGCAACUUCACUUGAACCGGUUUGGGAUCACAUUCCGAGUUAAUUCCUCUUCCAAGCUGCCCGUAAUCCCCGCGGCCCCACAGGUUCUCCAUCACUUGUCAAACCAAGCUGCCCUUGUCGCCCAGAACCCCAUACAUAAACUUUCCCGGUAUCAUCCACAAUUGCGCUAUGCCGUAGACCGGCAGACACUGAGACAACCACACAAGCAAGCUCAACUUCUGAAGGCUCCACAGUGUGCGACGGCACCUGGCAGAAAAUGA